AGCGCUCCAGCGGGACAGUCCGGCUGCACCACCGGCUCACUCGGACCGCACGAAGCCUUAACACGUUCCGGACGGAGAGAUAAUUAAACCGGACCCGAGAGGUCUCCUGCGGAAUCGGAACCAGAGGAGCAGCCUACGAGGGUGGUAGCAGCCAAGCCUCGCCCAAAACAGACGCCCUACCGGGGGUAACAGCGAACAUGAAGGAUUAGGAGAUAAUCCGGGAUGGUUCCUCGGUGCGGCCGCAGAACCGCUUGCAGCUGGACUCUAUUUCUGAGCUGAUGUCGACAAAGCCCAAGGCAAGCGGGGGAAACCAGGCGAGCUGACCACACUCCAACUGGUUGGGCUUCUUCCAGGAACACAACUGCACAGUGUUCUCCUCGAUUUAUGGCCGUUUAAUUCAGCCAGCUAUGCAUAACAACGCCCUACAAAGAGGGGGACAGAGUUUGGCUUCCAUAUGAUAAACAGAGAUAAUAUUGCAGUGAACUAUUUGGCUCUGCAGACCUGGAGUUUUAACUUUUCAGAAAUUACAGUUUCAAGAUCUUGGAAUAACCUUUCAGAGCUUUUUCCGGUCCAGACUUUGGACUGUUGAACUGUCAAUCAUUUUGACAUAAAUCUAAGAGGAGAAAAGCUCAACUUAACUUAUUCCGUUUUACCAUUCAUUGGGAUUAAAGGCAAUUCCAGACAUUGUUUAAAGUAGAUUUUUUUUGAAAUAUUAAGUCAUUCACCUCUUGUGAUCAUGAAUCUUCAGGAAAAGUUGUCAGGCCUAAAAGGACUGGUCUCACACUCGCACAGCAAGCGCCGCUUUAAAGGCGACCUCACGCUGGACAUGAUAAGCCCUCCUCUGGGGGACUUCCGCCACACCAUGCACGUGGGCCGCGGUGGCGAUGUGUUCGGGGACACCUCCUUCCUCAGCAACCACGGUGGCACCGCCAAUGGAAACAAUGGGGAAACGGAUUCCAUCUCCACCCCUGACAACAAGAUCGGAGCGUUCUUCUCCAGGACGCUCCGUCACAUCAGGAGGGGCUCUGACAACCGAUCCACAGGAGGAUCCAAGGAUCUGUCGCCGCCACCUCCCGUCCUUUCGCCCAUCAUCAAGAACGCCAUUUCCCUCCCAAGGCUGGAUGUGGAUAUGCCAAAUGGGAGUCCCACCACCAAAGUGCUCUUUCCUAGUUCUAAAAGCACGCCAGAGGAGAAGAAAAGCUCUUAUGGUCUUGAGUCUGGUUUCGUCACGCUGCCUCGUCUCUCCCGCUCCGAGCGUCAGCAGCCUUCCAUCUCCCUCCCCACUUCCUGCUCCACGAAUAUCCACCGCGGCUCUCUGACCGACCCUACUGACACCAUCUUAUCCACCUGCUCCGCCUCCAUAAUGACCUUUGACCCCAAACCCACUGCCACGGCCUUCUCCGACUCCCUUUCCUCCCUCACGUCUUUGUACACCUUCACCUUUGACCUCGGCCCCUCCCUCAUGAGUGAGGUAUUCGGCCUGAUCGACGGCCACCCGGAGGAGCAUGGCCACGCCUGGGAGGGAGAGGAGGCGGGGUCAGCGUGCGGGUUGACCAAUGAGGGGUCAGAGAUGGACUCGGCUACUAUCUCAUACGUGGAUUCCCUGCUGAGGGAGGACUGCGGGGGCAGGAAGAGCCCGCAUGGGGCCGAAUGGGAGGAAGAGGAGGGGAACGGCGUCGGGCUUUCUGAUAAAGUACCCGAUGUGGCGAUGGGGUCUCCUGAACGAGUUAGGUUAGGGAUGGAGAAUGAGCGGUUUCAGUGUGCUGCAGAUGUGCUCGCACGUCACUAUAACAGCCACUCAAAGGGACAGAGCAGGAUGGAGGUUGCGGAGUCAGAGAUGAUGACCAUCAGCCAGCCCAAGAACAAAGUGGCCUACAGUUACAUGGACGACGAGGAUGAAAUCAAAGUCUGAGUGGAGAUAGCUUGACACUACAAACCUGUCUCUGAUGUAUGACUUCUCUGUAAUUCCAAAUCAAAUCAAUCAUCUAACAUCUUGUUGUGGUCAACAAGGCUGGCUCUUUUGACAGGAUGACCAUGAAAACUACAAUCCAGGAUGCUUUGUAUUGGAUCCUUUACUUUUGUACAGUCAGGCGUUAAGGAUGUACAGUUGUGAUGCAGAACUGUCGCUGAAUGUAUCUAAAAGGAAUGAAAGACUUGAUGCUACACAUUUCCAAGCCCAGCACAGAGAGGGAGAAUGCGUUUUUGCGAAAGGUCGAAACUUAAAAAGGACUGAAACAAAGAGGAGGCAAGGAACACGAGGAUGUGCCAGAGAAUGUAGAUCGUCUUAAAAGAGCCUCCAACAUUACACAAUGUAGAAGUUACAAAGCCUGUCAUUCACAAGCUUUUUCAUACUUCCUCACUUGCGAGGGGAAAAGAUUCUGUCACUAAUGAGAGAGGAAGUGGGGAGUAAUAACAUCAAUUCAAUCGAAUCACAACCUUUAGGUCUCCUUACAAUCUCUUGUCAGCUCCUUUCACUCAGGAAUACACUACCAGGAAACAAAAAGGGAAGAGAAAUACAAGUUCUGGAAUCUCAGGCCUCAUUAGAUUAACCAAACAGCUCAGUUAAUAAACUACAUGGACUGAUGGGAUAUGACAAGUAAUAUUGGUAUUUGCUAGUUGCAACUAAAGCUUAACCCUUUAAUUGCUUUGUUUUAAUGCUGCAGACCUUCUAUAGAGAGACUCCGUGCACCUUUUAUGAUUAUGAAGUCUGACUCCUGUAUACCUUCUUUUUUUUUUUAAGAAUUGUCAUUUAUAUGUUCUUUUAUACAUCUGUACAUGAAGAUAUUAAGUGACCUCCUAUAAAUAUGUACUUACAGUAUGAGCACCUAGUACAUAGUGCAAUUCACAUCCAUCCAUAUGCUGCAGUCAAUGCCAACUAUAUAUUAUAAUGAUAUAAAUUGACAAUAAAGCUGUUUAUAAUUA